AAGCUAAAAGGCAUAGCCGCUGCGCAGCAUCUGAAGCCUUUCUCCUGCAUCUUCUUCUUCUCCAAUUUUCACGACGCCUUUUUCUUUAACAUCUCAUUAUCUCCUCCUCCGUUCAAUCAAUCUCUUCUUGCAGGAUUCCUGCAACUUCUGCCGUAGCAGAUUACAAGGGGUCACGUUGAACUUUCUUUCAUGUUUGAACGGGCUAUUAUCCAUUUUGGAGCAAUUGAGUUGCUUGGAGAGUGUUUUUCUUCUUCUAGAAAAAAGAAUAGGCCCUUGCCUACAAGGCUGAGCUGUAUGCAUCGCAAGCCGUACCAGGAACACACCGAUCUCUGUUGUUGCUCUUGGCAGCCUUCCCUAAUUGCACAAGGCAGGUCUUUCUGAUUUCGGUCGGAGCUCCUCCAUAAUCUGGUGUGGUUGUUUGUCUUUGAAGUUUGUACUGUUUAAGUCGUCAUGGCCUUACAGAACAUUGGUGCUGGAAAUAGCGAUGAUGCCUUCUAUCGGUAUAAGAUGCCCAAAAUGAUCACCAAAAUUGAGGGUAGAGGUAAUGGCAUCAAAACAAAUAUUGUCAAUAUGGUUGAUAUUGCCAAGGCAUUGGCGAGGCCAGCAUCUUACACAACCAAGUACUUUGGUUGUGAACUUGGAGCCCAAUCUAAAUUUGAUGAGAAAGUUGGGACAUCUCAUGUUAAUGGGGCACAUGACACUCCAAAACUUGCUGGUCUUCUUGAGAACUUCAUCAAGAAAUAUGUUCAAUGUUAUGGUUGUGGAAACCCUGAAACCGAGAUAGUGAUUACCAAGAGCCAAAUGAUCCAGCUGAAAUGUGCUGCUUGUGGUUUUGUGUCUGAUGUGGAUAUGAGAGACAAGCUGACUACCUUUAUCAUAAAAAACCCUCCUGAAACAAAGAAAGGAUCCAAAGACAAGAAGGCCAUGAGGAGGGCUGAGAAGGAGAGACUAAAGGAAGGUGAAGUAGCUGAUGAGGAACAAAAGAAAAUGAAGAAAGAGGUUAAGAAGAAAGGCUCUUCCACUUCCAAGGAUGAGACCACAAAAUCCACCUCUACAAAGAAGAAAACUAGUGGCUCUGAUGAAGAUCGUACAUCUCCAACUCGCAAUCUGGUUGAUGAAAAGGAAGAGGCUCCUGAUGAAGAUGAUGAUGGUGAUGUACAAUGGCAAACAGAUACGUCAUUAGAGGCUGCUCGGCAACGUAUCCAAGAACAGCUAAGUGCUGUAACGGCUGAUAUGGUCAUGCUAUCCACAAAUGAGCCUGAGAAGAAGGAAAAAGCAGCAAAUAAGAUAAGCAAUGGUUCUGAAAAUGGUAACUCAAUGCACUACGGGAAACUGGUCAGAGAAGUGAAAGCAAUGUUGAACAAAGGUAUUUUGCCAAAUGAAUUGCAGUCCCAUAUGGUAGCACUUCCUGCAUCUGCUCAAGAAAAGACCAAUGCUCUGUAUGAGGUCUUAUUUGAGGGGAUUGAGAAAGGGUUUGCUAAGGAGGUUAUCAAGAAGAGGAGCUACCUUUCUGCUGCAGUUGCCAUGGAGGGGGGGUCACAGUUACUAUUGCUUCGUGCAAUUGAAGCUUUUUGUCUGAAAUCCACUUCCAAUGCUUUGAAGGAAAUUGCCAUUGUUUUGAAGGCUCUUUAUGAUGCUGAUUUAUUGGAGGAAGAGCACAUAGUGAAGUGGUAUCAAGAAGGGCUGAAGGGCAAUAAUAAGAGCUCAAAGAUAUGGAAGAAUGCCGAACCGUUGAUUAACUGGCUUCAAAAUGCAGAAUCAGAGUCAGAAGAAGAAUAAUAUGCCCCAGUAGUCAUCCGUUCCUGUUUCUUUGCUUGUGUCAUCUAUUUCUAAUAAAGGGUCUAGUUGUAGCUGGCCCCCUUGUGUUGUGUUGUUGAGCUUUGUUUCGUGUGCAUUUCUGUCUGGAUUACGAGUCAGAGAUUUGAGUCUUCUGUGGUAUCCCUAUAUUUUAUUUCGUUGCGUAUGGAUGCAUUAUUUUCAAUUUAUCUAUCGUUGCAGAAGAAUGUGAAUUUGGAUUAGUCUGUUUUGUAUUUAAAAUAAUUUAUAAUUAAUAUAUUUUGAGAAGAGCUUUU